UUGCUGAGAAGCCUCCUGCCCUGGCCCCCGAUGGCGCCUUUCCCCAUCCGGACGCCUUGGGAAUGAAUUAUGAGGAAGCCAGGAGUGCAAGAGAGAAGCCCGCGGCCGAUGACUCCGAGGGAGGGACCCUGGACAUGUGCUGCAGUGACAGGCUGCCGGGUCCCCCCCAGCCGGUAGUGAUGGAGGCGCUGGACCAGGCCGAAGGGCUCGUGGACGCGCCGAGAGAGAUGCCACCGCCCCCACCACCUCCACCGCCCUCAGAGCCUGCUCAGAAGCCGCCACCUCGCGGCGCCGGGAGCCACUCCCUCACUGUCAGGAGCAGCCUGUGCCUGUUGGCUGCCUCCCAGUUCCUGCUGGGACCCAUGGCCUGGCUGGGUGUUGGGACCUGGGAAGUCCCCAGUCUGCUGCUGGUUACUCUGUCUGUGAUCCUCAUUACCACCCUGGCGUGGCACCUCCUGAGGGCUCCUCCAGAGCCACACACCGCAGUGCCUCCUGAGGAUAGGCGCCAGUCAGUGAGCCGCCAGCCCUCCUUCACCUACUCAGAGUGGAUGGAAGAGAAGGUCGAGGAUGACUUCCUGGACCUGGACCCCGUCCCUGAGACUCCUGUGUUUGACUGCGUGAUGGACAUCAAGCCUGAGGCUGACCCUGCCUCACUGACUGUCAAGUCCAUGGGUCUACAGGAAAGGAGGGGCUCCAACGUCUCCCUGACCCUGGACAUGUGCACGCCAGGCUGCAGUGAGGAGGGCUUUGGCUAUCUCAUGUCCCCACGUGAGGAGUCAGCCCGUGAGUAUCUGCUCAGCGCCUCCCGGGUCCUGCAGGCCGAGGAGCUUCACGAGAAGGCCCUGGACCCCUUCCUGCUGCAGGCAGAAUUCUUUGAAAUCCCCAUGAACUUUGUGGAUCCAAAGGAGUAUGACAUCCCUGGGCUGGUGCGGAAGAACCGGUACAAAACCAUCCUUCCCAACCCCCACAGCAGAGUGUGUCUGACCUCACCAGACCCUGACGACCCUCUGAGUUCCUACAUCAACGCCAACUACAUCCGGGGCUAUGGUGGGGAGGAGAAGGUGUACAUCGCCACUCAGGGACCCAUCGUCAGCACAGUCGGUGACUUCUGGCGCAUGGUGUGGCAAGAGCACACGCCCAUCAUCGUCAUGAUCACCAACAUCGAGGAGAUGAACGAGAAAUGCACUGAGUACUGGCCGGAGAAGCAGGUGAUGUACGACGGUGUGGAGAUCAUCGUGCAGAAAGUCAUUCAUACUGAGGAUUACCGGCUGCGACUCAUCUCCCUUAGGAGCGGGACCGAAGAGCGAGGCCUGAAGCAUUACUGGUUCACGUCCUGGCCUGACCAGAAGACCCCCGACCGGGCGCCCCCACUCCUGCACCUAGUGCGGGAGGUGGAGGAGGCAGCCCAGCAGGAGGGGCCCCGCUGUGCCCCGAUCAUCGUCCACUGCAGUGCGGGGAUCGGCAGGACGGGCUGCUUCAUCGCCACCAGCAUCUGCUGCCAGCAGCUGCGCCAGGAGGGCGUGGUGGACAUCCUUAAGACCACAUGCCAGCUUCGUCAGGACAGGGGCGGCAUGAUCCAGACAUGCGAGCAAUACCAGUUUGUGCACCAUGUCAUGAGCCUCUACGAGAAGCAGCUGUCCCGCCAGCCCCCAGAGUGACCGCACUCCUGCCCUGAGGUCCUCUGGGCACCACCCAACCUGAGUCUGGGCCCCCACCCUGGCCACAUGCAGAGCCCUGCCUCGGUCCUGGCCUGCCCCGCCCCCCCGCCGCCCCUCCUGCUUCCUUCUCUUCAGUCUGCUCCUUCCCUCCCUCCUUCCCUCCUGCGUCAGCCUUGGCCUGGCCCCUGCCCCCCCCAACAUAGCUCUUCCUACUGUACAUACUGGGGCGGGGGGGCGGGGUGGGGGACGGAUGUGCCAGGCCAGGCCUGGGGCCCCGGGGCCUGACCCCUGCCAUGCAGACCUGGGGCCUCAGUUUUUAACGAUGGUUCCAUUGCUACCUGAUCCAAAACGUUUCUGUGCCGCACUCCAAGCGUCUUGCCGCAGCGUUUCUGUCUGUCCAUCCAUCUCUGCUAUCUGUACCGGACACUGUGUCUCCUCAGCCCGGGAAAGGGGUAAUGAGCUCCAGCCCCAAAGCAGCCCAGGCAGAGGUGCCUGCCUCGGGCCCCCACCCCCACUUCCCACGCAGCAGAUUGCAUUUUGCCCCAGUUCUGGGGACUGGGAUGGGGAGCUCCUGAGGAGUUGGUGGAGAGAUCUCAGCUGGGGGGAGAGGUCUCCGGGUUGGGGUGGGGGGGAGGAGUGUCACAGCAAGGGUGACCUCGUGGUGUCAGAUGCCCUCAGGAGGCAGUGACCAGCCUGUGAGGCACUGGGGGGGAAGGGGACAGAGGGGGGCUGUGAACCCAGAGGACCUGGGCCCCAGUGGGGGUGGGAGAAGGGGGAGCUCUGAGGGUGGGGUGGGGUUUGGGCCCCAGAUCUGUGUGAAACGUUUCUCUGUGUCCCUGUGGGAAAGCCUUCCCAGCAGUCUCGCUGCGUGUCGCCCUGCGUGUUCCUGUGUCCAUGCGUGUGUUGAGAGCCCGGCAGCAGGGCAUGCAUGACUCUUGGCAACAUGUGUUAUCUUGGAGCCACGUGUUUUUAUUGCUGACUUUAAAUAUUUAUUCCACGGCAGACAGAGACAUUUGGUGUCUUUUUAUAAUUUGCUCGUGGUCAUUGAAUAGAGCAAUAAACGGAGCAUUUUGAGCAAAACUA